AAUCGUACCGAUUUUUGUUAGAAUCUCGUCAGGCCUGCGUCAGUUCGGGUCUCAGUUUGUUGUUAAAUUCUAAAAAUUUAUUUAUAUCAAAAUUAUACGUUAUCUCUUUUUACAAUCUUGAAUUUUCUUUUUUACCGACAAAAAGCAGCUAAAAAUUCUCAACAAUGGGUGAAGAAGGCGGCGGCGGCGGCGGUGGAAAGGGCGAUCUCAAGUCCUUUCUUAUGGAUUUUAUGAUGGGCGGCGUCUCAGCAGCGGUUGCCAAAACGGCAGUGGCGCCCAUAGAGCGUGUUAAGCUCCUGCUUCAAGUGCAGGAGGUUUCCAAACAAAUUGCAGCUGACCAGCGAUACAAGGGCAUAGUCGAUGCCUUUGUUCGCAUUCCCAAGGAGCAGGGAUUCGGCUCGUUUUGGCGUGGUAACUUGGCCAAUGUUAUACGUUAUUUUCCGACACAGGCGUUGAACUUUGCGUUUAAGGACGUGUAUAAAACGGUUUUCCUUGGAGGCGUUGACAAACAUAAACAGUUUUGGCGUCAUUUUGCGGGUAAUUUGGCUUCCGGUGGUGCUGCCGGUGCCACGUCCUUGUGUUUUGUGUAUCCUUUGGACUUUGCGCGAACACGUCUGGCCGCCGAUGUGGGCAAAGGCGGUUCCCGAGAAUUUAAUGGUUUAAUCGACUGUCUGAUGAAAGUGAUCAAGAGUGACGGCCCCAUUGGUCUGUAUCGUGGCUUCAUUGUGUCCGUUCAGGGUAUUGUGAUCUAUCGCGCUGCCUACUUUGGGUUCUAUGACACAUGCCGUGACUACCUACCCAAUCCGAAGAACACACCCUUCUACGUCAGCUGGGCGAUUGCUCAGGUGGUCACCACCAUAGCAGGAAUUGCCUCCUAUCCGUUCGAUACGGUGAGACGUCGGAUGAUGAUGCAGUCGGGCCUUAAGAAAUCGGAGAUGAUCUACAAAAAUACCGCUCAUUGUUGGGUGGUAAUUGCCAAGCAGGAGGGCAUUGGUGCCUUCUUUAAGGGCGCCUUCUCCAACGUUCUCAGAGGCACGGGCGGAGCCCUGGUGUUGGCCCUUUACGAUGAAAUGAAGAAAUACUUUUAACUUUGAAUUCUGGUCGAUAGCAAGUAGGACAUGGGAUAUGGGAAUUGUCGACGGACCAUCAGUCGCGUGCCGCCACCAACCCGGUGGCAUUUGUUCAUCAUAGGCACAAUCAUCUAGUCACCCUAACACCACCACCAGCAGCAGCAGCAGCAUCCCCCAGAGAUUGCAAGUCCAAGACAGUUGAGAUAUAGAGACCACUGACCCCAGGCCCUGCGAGAUUAUUUGUUGGACUGCUGCUGCCUGCCUGUUGCAUUUUUAUUGAAUCUCAAAAUUUUAGUGUGAUUUUGAGAAAAUACAAAUAAUUUAUUUAACUUAA